CGGAAAGGAAGUAAAACUGAAGCAGAAAACAACACUUGAAAACAAGAUCAGAAGCGAUGGAAUUCUUAGAGGAUGUACCGGUAAGCCCCACAAAAGAAGAGGUCGAAAAUGUUCCGUCGAACAGGCAGUAUUCCACAUCUUAUUACCAAAAACAAGGCAAGAAACAAGACAGCGGGAAAAACAACAAUGACAACAACAGCGACGACAUCGACAACAGCAUUGGCAAGCAUAAAAACAACAGUCGCCGACGCCCCCCACAAAACAAUAAGCCUGCAGCCAGGAACAACAACAGCAGCAGCAGCAGCAGAAAGGUGAAGGAUCAAACCAAGACGCCGUCAGCCGUCAGAAAGCCUGACGAAAAUCUUUGUACCGAUGUUGCCCCGGAUCCUCGCGGCGACGAUCCGGAGCACCGCAUGACCAAGAAAAGCGCCGGCCGCAACACGGAAUCCUUUGACCCGGGCAGCACACUCGUGCGCCCCGCUCUGAGGGUGAAAGUCGGAUCUCCUCUGUCGAAAUGUUACAAUAGGUUCCCACUCAGACACGACGAUGUGGUCAUCGUCCCGGAAAUGUUUGGGCCUGAGGAGGACUGGAAACUCUAUUACCAACUCGUCGAAGAAAUGACGGAACUCCAGCAACAAAAUGUGAAGGGAACCGAGUGGAUUUCUUGGCACGAAGGAGCCCAUCUUGUGGCCAAAAAUCCUAGCGGAUCGAAAACCUUUCAAUUAAUCAUUGACUAUCUGUGUGACUAUUUUCGAAUCGAAAAAAAGAGCAUCGGUACUCGGUUCAACUGGUACAAGGAUAGCUCUGAUUGGAAGCCCUUUCAUCACGACUCAGCGUAAGUCACCGGAACUCAUUUCUUCGAGAAGGGAUGCUCACUGACGACCAACAACGCCUUCUUAGUUUCCCACUCACACGAUUCAUCUUCGUUUGUUCUUUUGUUGACUCCUAAUGGAAACUCGAUUUUCAUUGUAGAGCUUUCAACCCCUCUCGGGCAAAGACCCAAAACAUUACGGUUGGAGUCAGUUUCGGUGACUGCCGAGAACUCGCCUUUUUGCGUGCCGACGACCAAUCCGAUUGCCGCUUGUACUUUCCCCAACCCAACAAUGGUGUUUUCUCGUUUGGUCGGGACGUGAACAUUCACUGGAAGCACGGAAUCAAUGCCUUGUCAGUCGAAGAGCAGGAGGCCCAUGGAAUUAACAAGGGAAGAAUUAGCAUCAUCCUCUGGGGUUUGGCAACUUCCGUCAUGGAGGAAGACAACUCGCCACCACUUCUCGGAGCCGAUGGAAAGGGACCACAUGCCGCCAAAAAUAAUCACAAAUACCAUGGCAACAACAGAAAUCGAGGAGGUCGAAACAAACCCCAGCAGAAGAAAACCAAUGGCAAGACAAACUAAAACAACGACUCAACGUAUGAAUUCAUCGAACUUGCCGAUCUUCGUAUUCAAAAUUUGAUUAUCUAGUGAAAAAGUUUGACGAAGAAGAUGGCGAUGAUGUCAUUGAUUGGAUCAUCUUUCGCAGAUGCGACACCCGCUGCCAGUGAAUGGAGAUAAUUGGGAUGCACAGCUACGGAAUGAUGUUAGAAUAAAUAUUUAUUAUAUCG